GUUCAAACAGACUUUUCGUCUAAUCAGGUGCGGCGUACGUUCACAGAUUUUUUUCAUGAACUCUACCAACACAUCAUUGUGCCAUCCUCCCCGGUUCGUCCGCGGGGAGACCCAAGUCUCCUGUUUGUCAACGCAGGCAUGAACCAGGUAAAUUGAACAGGCAUCGGUUGGUGUUCACAUUAAGUAUUAGCUAUAGUAUUAAAUACAGUAGACACUCAUUUGAUUAUUGGCAAGGGGCUGUAGCGAAGAAAGCUAGCCUCAUGCAUGACACUGGAGAUUUGACACCUCUGACAGUUCUGUUGCUCACUGGGUGUACAGUUCCGCGUGAACAACAGAAGUGAGCGAGUAUAGGCAAUAAAUAGGCCUACUAGCUAGCUAUCUAAAGGCAAUUCCAGUCAAAUGCAGAUUUUGUAUCUUGUUGACUGUCCGUUGAUUUUUUUUGCAUACUACUAGUUAUGCAAGUGAACAGUUGUGUAUACAUACCAUACCUUAGGCCAUACAUCAAAUGCCUUCAUAGCUUUUUUUGGGGUGCUGCAACUUCAUUGGCUCUGAGUUGGAAUGAUGCCUCUCUUCUCCUCUUCACUUAGUUCAAGCCCAUUUUCCUGGGAGCAGCAGACCCGCGCAGUGAAAUGGCCACAUACCGGCGGGUGGUGAAUAGUCAGAAGUGUGUCCGGGCUGGGGGUAAACACAACGACCUGGAAGAUGUUGGUCGAGAUGUCUACCACCACACCUUCUUUGAGAUGUUAGGAAACUGGUCCUUUGGUGAUUACUUCAAGGUGUGUGACAUACAUAAAAUGUGUGACAUACAGGUAGCUAUGAUCUAUGAUGCCAUAGCAGUUUAAAAGGCAGGUGUAAAAAUGCACAUAAGCCUACUAUGGAGAGUUAAUUUAAAGGUCUACUUCAUGGCAAUUUGCUACAAUGAACAAACAUAGUAAAAAGAUAGUCUAGAUGAGCAAUUCAUGUGUCAUGAAAUAACUAGUGAGGGGGUAAUAAGUUAAGGGACCACUAUGGCAUUUAUGCCCCUUCAGAUUAGGGUAAUAAGCACUCUUAUGUCCCUGUGCAGGAGGAAGCGUGCACCAUGGCCUGGCGUCUACUCACAGAGGAGUACAGGAUUCCUCCAGAACGCCUCUACGUCUCAUACUUUGCCGGUGAUGCCACCUCUGGUUUGCCAGCAGAUGAGGAAACGCGCCACAUCUGGCUAAGCAUGGGGUAUGAAAGCCAUAGUUUCCUCUCCAAGAUAAUAACAACUUCCUCACUCAUUUGUGUUUUGAUCCUUCGCCAUUCUCUUUUUUGGUUUAUGUUUUUGUUUGUAGAGUGCCCUCUGAUCACCUCCUGCCAUUUGGGAUGAGGGACAACUUUUGGGAGAUGGGGGAGAUUGGCCCCUGUGGCCCCUGCACAGAGAUCCACUAUGACCACAUUGGGGGCCGUAAUGCAGCCUCGCUGGUCAAUGCGGACAGUCCUGAUGUUGUCGAGAUUUGGAACCUGGUCUUCAUGCAAUACAACAGGUGCUAUACCUACUACCAGGGGCUGAUAGUUUGGUUUUUAAUUGACCAUACUAAAUACUAUUUAGAACAUGCUGUUUAGUAUAAAAACGUUGCAGUAAGCAGCAAAUAUCAACAUUCUAGGCUCAUUCAUAGGAAUGCAUCAUCUAAUGCACAACUGUGUUAUUUCCCACCAUUCGUACAUUUUGGUACAACCCAUCCUCUUAACAUGUGGGUCUGAAAAGGCAAUUCUCUUCCUAAAUAGUGUGCAGUGAAUUCAUACUAGAUGAAAAGCCGUUCUAUUUUGCAUUCUAUUUUGCAUACCCAAUCAGAGUACUAUUUAGAAUGCAAGUAUGGGUAUUCGGACAAGCCCACUUGCUAACUCAUUUCGUCUUUAUUUCAGCCAAGGUCAUGUCUCAAAGAUAAAAGAUAAACAAACACAAGCACUUUUGGCACACACAGCUAGCUAGCUAGGAGCAAUUUCUGCUAAUGCUUAUGCACUCUAACCUUGACAGAGGAUGUUAGCAAGACGACAACAUCUUUACAUUAUUGUGUGAUGAAAAUAAAUUCCAUCUGGAGUACACUCUACUAUGGACUGUUAGACUUGAGUUUUCCAUGACUGAAUCACAUUACUAGGGUGGAUUGUGUGUCUGUGUUUACAGCCUAUGUCUGACGCUGUGCUUGCGUUUGGCUGUUUCAGAGAGGCAGAUCACAGCUUGCGGUCACUCCCCCAGUUCAGCGUGGACACUGGCAUGGGUCUGGAGCGACUGGUGACCAUUCUCCAAGGACAACGCUCCAACUACGACACUGACCUCUUUACCCCUCUGCUGUCUGCUAUACAACAGGUACGUUUAGUUUGUUUGCAGAUAAUUAAGUACAAUAAAAUAGAGGAUAGAAGAAACAAAUUGAAGAAAUGUAAAGAAAAUACAUGUGCAGGUCAGGAAGAGAAGCAGACAUUUUAUUUAACCUUUAUUUUAUCAGGGAGUCAUACUGAGACCAAGGUCUCUUUUACAGAUGAGCCCUGAAUUACAUUAAUUACAGAAAAUACACAUAUCAAAAUGCAAGCAGAAAGAAAAACACGGUCAUAAAAAACAAACAGAUUCAUGAGUAAUACGGUCCUUAAUCAGCUUUGUGAAUUGCCCUAGAGGCACCAGAACAUAAAAUGUAAGAACAUUUUGAAGAUUGUUCCAAAAAUAUUUACCUAACUCAGUAGAGAACAAAGGAAUUUCCAGAGUUAGCCAUCCCUGAGACCGGUGUGGUAACUUGUAUGUCUAAAGUUUAGUAAUGAUGUUAGGUACAAUGGGACUUUUUGUCAAGUGGCUUUAUAAAUGAAAACAUAGCAAUGUAUCAACCAACGUGAUAUCGGAGGGCCAACCAACUUUCUGGUAGAGAAUGCAGUGAUGAGUACUACAAUUGUUGCGCGUAGUAAAAAGCACAGUGCGCUAUGAUAAACAGCAUUUAACGGCUUUAAUGAAGUGGCAGCUGCGUUCAUAUAGAUGAUGUGGUCCUCUGUAGCUCAAUUGGUAGAGCACGGCGCUUGUAACGCCAGGGUAGUGGGUUCGAUCCCCGAGACCACCCAUACGUAAAAAUGUAUGCACACAUGACUGUAAGUCGCUUUGGAUAAAAGCGUCUGCUAAAUGGCAUAUUAUUAUAUAGUCUAGGACCGACGUCGACUGAAUAAUCUGCUUUCUACUAUUUAGCAAGAGGCAGGACCUAUUACGAUAGAAUAAGCCAAUUUUUCUCAGCUUCUUAAGUAACUCAUCAAUAUGCUUUUUAAAAGACAGCUUGUCAUCUAUACAAAUGUCCAGAUAUUUGUAAGCACAGACACGAUCAAUAUGAACACCAUCCAAAGUACAUAUGCUUAAAUCAUCAGACUUAUUUGUAUGCACUCUAGAGAACAACAUAUACUUAGUUUUACUGACAUUCAGUACUAAUUUCAGGUUAAUAAAGUUUUUCUGUAAUACAAUGAAGGCAAACUGUAGUUAAGAUCAACCGUGGGGGCAAUACCUUUCGGAAUAACCAGGGAACCUGAUUUAACGCCAUCAGUAGAUAGAUAUACAUUGAGUUCUAUCUGUCAAGUAAUUAUUAUAUAUAUUUAAUUUUUUUAGGGGGUAGAUCAGCUUUAAUAUUGCAGAUAGAUUGUAGCUUCCAUCAAUGUAAUAUCAAUGUAAUUGUCUGCAUCAUUUCCAGUCCCCCAUAUAUAUUUUUUAAUAUAUAUACACUGUAUAUAUACACUACCGGUCAAAAGUUUUAGAACACCUACUCAUUCAAGGGUUUUCCUUUAUUUUUACUAUUUUCUACAUUGCAGAAUAAUAGUGAAGACAUCAAAACUAUGAAAUAACACAUAUGGAAUCAUGUAGUAACCAAAAAAGUGUUAAACAAAUCAACAUAUAUUUUAUAUUUCAGUUUCUUCAAAUAGCCACCAUUUGCCUUGAUGACAGCUUUGCACACUCUUGGAAUUCUCUCAACCAGCUUCAUGAGGUAAUCACCUGGAAUGCCUUUCAAUUAACAGGUGUGCCUUGUUAAAAGUUAAUUUGUGGAAUUUCUUUCCUUCUUAAUGCGUUUGAGCCAAUCAGUUGUGUUGUGACAAGGUAGGGGGGUUAUACAGAAGAUAGCCCUAUUUGGUAAAAGACCAAGUCCAUAUUAUGGCAAGAACAGCUGAAAUAAGCAAAGAGAAAUGACAGUCCAUCAUUACUUUAAGACAUGAAGAACAGUCAAUACGGAACAUUUAAAGUACUUUGAAAGUGCAGUCGCAAAAACCAUCAUGGAAGACCCAGAGUUACCUCUGCUGCAGAGGAUAAUUUCAUUAUAGUUACCAGCCUCAGAAAUUGCAGGCCAAAUAAAUGCUUCACAGAGUUCAAGUAACAGACACAUCUCAACAUCAACUGUUCAGAGGAGACUGUGUGAAUCAGGCCUUCAUGGUCGAAUUGCUGCAAAGAAACCCCUACUAAAGGACACCAAUAAGAAGAAGAGAUUUGCUUAGGCCAAGAAACACGAGCAAUGGACAUUAGACCGGUGGAAAUGUGUCCUUUCGUCUGGAGUCCAAAUUGGAGAUUUUUGGUUCCAACCGCCGUGUCUUUGUGAGACGCGGUGUGGGUGAACGGAUGAUCUCCGCAUGUGUAUUUCCCACCGUAAAGCAUGGAGGAGGAGGUGUUAUGAUGUGGGGGUACUUUGCUGGUGACACUGUCUGUGAUUUAUUUAGAAUUCAGUAUGGCUACCACAGCAUUCUGCAGCGAUACUCCAUCCCAACUGGUUUGGGCUUAGUGGGACUAUCAUUUGUUUUUCAACAGGACAAUGACCCAAUUCACCUCCAGGCUGUGUAAGGGCUAUUUGACCAAGAAGGAGAGUGAUGGAGUGCUGCAUCAGAUGACCUGGCCUCCACAAUCUCCCGACCUCAACCCAAUUGAGAUGGUUUGGGAUGAGUCGGACCGCAGAGUGAAGGAAAAGCAGCCAACAAGUGCUCAGCAUGUGGGAACUCCUUCAAGACUGUUGGAGAAGCAUUCCAGGUGAAGCUGGUUGAGAGAAUGCCAAGAGUGUGCAAAGCUGUCAUCAAGGCAAAGGGUGGCUAUUUUAAGAAUCUCAAAUAUAAAAUAUAUUUUGAUUUGUUUAACCCUUUUUUGGUUAUUACAUGAUUCCAUAUGUGUUAUUUCAUAGUUUUGAUGUCUUCACUAUUCUACAAUGUAGAAAAUAGUAAAAAUAAAGAAAAACCCUUGAAUGAGUAGGUGUUAUAAAACUUUUGAUCGGUUGUGUAUAUUUAUCUCUUUUUUAAAUAUAUUUUCCUUUUAUUUUCCCCCAACACCACCACCCCUCCCCUAAUUGGCGUAAACUAAUGGACAACAACACUAAGGCUUCUACUUCCGGCUUAUACAUACUAUAUACAUUUGACGGACACAAUGUAUUUUACAAUAGUUAUAUUUUGUUUGUUUUUAACUCCUUCCUUCAUCUAAUCCCUAUCUCUGAAGAGCAUCCAGUUUGAUUUCUAUUUGCCAUAUAUUUUUAACAGUGCUGUUUCACAAAAGUGCUGAUCCUACUGUAUAUAAAUUUUUCGGACACAGUAUAUUUUAUAUUAGCUAUCUUGUUGUUUUUCGUCCCACCCUUCAGCUCCACUCAACCCCUCCCAUCUAUCUCUUAACACCAUCAAUUUUUUAUUUCUAUUUGCCAUAUAUUUUUCAACUGUGUUGUGAUGUUUCACAAAAGUUCUGAACUUUUCUAUUCUCAUAGUUUCUACAGAUUGUAAAUUAAAGAUAAAAAAUUUUGCUAAAAUUAUUAUUAUAUUAUUGAUCGAUUGACUAUGACUUUUCAAACCACCCAGUAGUGCUAUUUGCAGAGUUAGCUCCAGGUAAAUGUUGCAAUUCUGUCAAGUAACUUUUAAACCAGGUACAUGCAGCAUGGUCUAGGUCAAUUGAGGAAAGCCUCUGAAUUAGCAGUGAGUGAUCAACACUAUCGAAAGCCUUUGACAGGUCAAUGAAGAGGGCAGCACAAUGUUGCCUUAUAUCCAUACAGUUAACCACAUCAUUUGUAACUAGGGAUGCAGCAGAGAUAUUGCUAUGACCUGGUCUAAAACCCGACUGAUGUACAUUUAUACUGAACAAAAAUAUAAACGCAACAAUUUCAACGAUUUUACUGAGUUACAGUUCAUAUAAGGAAAUCAAUCAAUUUAAAUAAAUUCAUUAGGCCCUAAUCUAUGGAUUUCACAUGACUGGGCAGGAGCGCAGCCAUGGGUGGGCCUGGGAGGGCAUAGGCCCACCCACUUGGGAGCCAAGCCUUGCCAAACAUAAUGAGAUUUACCCCACAAAAGGGCUGUAUUACAGACAGAAAUACUCCUCAGUUUCAUCAGCUGUCCAGCUGGCUGGUCUCAGACGUUCCCGCAGGUGAAGAAGCCAGAUGUGGAGGUCCUGGGCUGGCGUGGUUACACGUGGUCUGCGGUUGUGAGGCCGGAUGGAAGUACUGCCAAAUUCUAUAAAACAACGUUGGAGGUGGCUUAUGGUAGAGAAAUUAACAUUCAAUUCUCUGACAACAGCUCUGGUGGACAUUCCUGCAGUCAGCAUGCCAACAGCACGCCAAUUGCACACUACCUCAAAACAUCUGUGGCAUUGUGUUGUGUGACAAAACUGCACAUUUUAGAGUGGCCUUUUAUUUUCCCCAGCACAAGGUGCACAUGUGUAAUGAUCAUGCUGUUUAAUCAGCUUGUUGAUAUGCCACACCUGUCAGGUGGAUGGAUUACCUUGGCAAAGGAGAAAUGCUCGCUAACAGGGAUGUAAAUACAUUUGUGCACCAAAUUUGAGCGAAAUAAGCUUUUUGUGUGUGUGGACAUUUCUGGGAUCUUUUAUUUCAGCUCAUGAAACAUGGGACCAACACUUUACAUGUUGCGUUUUAUAUUUUUGUUCAGUAUAGAAUACAUUUCAAAGAUAAGAAAGAUCUUAGCUGAGAAUUAAUCAAGGAUUCACAUUUUUUAGCUGGGCAAGAAAGUUUAGAAAUAGGCCGAUGAAUAUUGAGGGAAACAUGAGUUAAACCUUCCCUACAUAGGAAAUAAAACGUGAUAACUUGAUCUAUUUGUGCGUGAUUGUGAAAUUAAUUAUGACACACAAUUUGGACAAUUAACCUAUUGUCUUACACCCACUGCUCUCUCCAGCUACUCUUGCCCUAUGGUUCUGUUGCUCCCACGGGAUUAAAUGUAUGUUCACUGACAUCUAUAUCUUUCUUACAGGAGAAUAUUAGUGCCCAAUUAUUGGUUUGUUUGGUUUGUUUCUUUUUCUCAUGUAUUUCUCAUCUAAAUUCAUCUAGUGCUCCAAUUGCCCUGAGUAUAGAGGGAGGACUGGAGAGGCGGAUGUGGGCAAAGUGGACAUGGCAUACCGCGUCGUUGCUGACCACGUGCGCACCCUGUCUGUCUGCAUUGCUGACGGAGUCUACCCAGGCAUGUCUGGGGCCGAGUGAGUCAAACUGCUGUUAGUCUCUCGCUGCACCAUGCUCUGAUUUUGGCUCAUGCACAACAGGCAAUCUGAAAGAUGCCAGACUUACUAAGCUUUUCCUCUUCAUUUAGGAAGGAAAUUAUAACACCUAAAGGUAUAACAAAAGGGUAGUUAACGCUAGAACCGCCUGGCCUUUGACAUUUUAGUCAUUUUAGCAGACGCUCUUAUCCAGAGCGACUUACAGUUAGUGAGUGCAUACAUUUUCAUACUGUAAGUACCUGAUAGAGAACGUUGAGAGCGUUACCAGGCGUCUCCUUUAGCAUCAGAUGCAUAUCAACCCGCAAGGUGCCCAAAUAUAAGCACGAACGCGUGAUAAAUAGUGCAUAAACACUAGUGGCACAGUGGUCUAAGGCGCUGCAUCGCAGUGCUAGCUGUGCCACUAGAGAUCCUGGUUCGAGUCCAGGCUCUGUCGCAGCCGCCCGCAACCGGGAGACCCAUGGGCGGCGCACAAUUGGUCCAGCGUCGUCCAAGGUAGGGGAGGAUUUGGCCGGCAGGGAUGUGGGUUCGUUUCCCACGGGGGGCCAGUAUGACUGUAAGUCGCUCUGGAUAAGAGCGUCUGCUAAAUGACUAAAAUGUAAAUGUAAAAAUAAAACAACUAUUAGUUAUAUGUUUAGAUAGAGUCAAGGAUAUGUGUUGUCUAAUUCUACAAACUUCUAGUGAAAAAUAUGCUAUUGGAAGAAUAAUCAUUUGGUGGUGUUUAUAAAGGUCUUAGAACAUAAGAACAUAAUAGCAUUUUCAUUAUUUGAUGUUACAAGUCCAUCACAAAGAAGUCCAUUAUAAUGUUGUUUUGGCAGGUCUAAAGAAACAUUGUGGAAAUAAGAAAAUGUAUUUAAAAGAAAAUAGAAUAGCAUAUUUAAAGUUUAUUAUGUUACUAGUCAAAACAUUUGACAUGCAUGUGACUCUGAAGGUGAGUGAUGCUCCUUUCCUUGCAUCUGUCAAUUACAAGAUGUGCCCAUCUCUAAAAUGUACAAUUUGACAACUGAUAAUAUUGUCACUCAUCAGACUAUUGUCAAUUUUAAUCUUGUCUUAUUAUGUGUGAAAUUAGUUUUGGUAUAAUUUCGAUGGGCCAGCUGUGCAGGCUGACAGGCCUUUGUUUCCCCUCACUCAUCAACUUGGAUAGAGUCAAGGAUAUGUUUUGCAGUAUUCUAAAGGCCUGCUGCAACACGUAGCAUGUUUUAGUUUCCCUUACAAUACAUUUGAAUAGUAAUAGAGUUACAGUAAAUAAAACAGUCCCAUAACAGCUUCUUUUUACAAAGUAAAACUUAAAAGAUUGAUGAUAUCCCACAAGGCGCUCGGUUAAAUUCUUUGCUAUAAACAUGAGCGCCAACGCUGAUAAAUAGGCAUAACACAAAGUCGUCAUUACACUAUUGUCUUUCUAAAUGAAGUCAACCUCUUCACCCUCCUUAUCAUUCAGUUUGGCCUAAUUUAAAUUCAAUUGUGAAGUAACGUGCACAAUUAUCACCCAUUCAUCCAUUUGUCAUUCAUUCAGUGAAGGGCGAGAGAGACGCAUUGGCGCCUGGCUGGGUACCAACGUCCUACAGCGCAUUAUCUUGGUGGGUUAAGUUGGGAAUAGGUGUGAAUAAAACAGGUAAAAAGGCUCUAUAGGCUGUUUGUGAUUUCUAAAUUCGGACAAAUGAGCAAUGUAAAAUACAAACAUUUUGGAGGAGCAGGACGUCGCAUUUUUGUUUUUUACAAAAUCAAAAGUCAGUUGCUGUUGGCCGAUAGCGGUUCUAGUGUUAAAGGUUAAAUUAACUGAGAGUAAUAUUUCAGUCUAAAAUUAACAUAUCUCAAUCCCAAAGAUUGAGAAAGAAGAUUGAAAUGGUGAAAUUUGUCUGGGAUUGAGACAAAUAGCUGAAUCUACAAAACAGACUGUGGGAGGUCUGAACACAUCUGACAAUAAUUGGACAAUUGUAAUUCUUAUUCUCUUUCAAUUAUUGUGUGUGUGCGUGCAUUUGUGUGUGCCUGCUGCAGAUUGGUUUUGCGCCGUAUCCUCCGGCGAGCUGUGAGGUUCAGCACUGAGGUACUGCAGGCCCCUGAGGGAGCGCUGGCAAGCCUGGUACCCACUGUUGCUCGUAUCCUGGUGAGUCUGGGCGUGAUAUCAGACUUGUGCCCUUUGUGUCAUCAUGGUCUUGAUCCUCUCUCAACCACAUCUCAUUCUACAGGGUGAUGCUUAUCCUGAACUGCAUAAAGAGACAGAUAGGGUAAGUUAAUUAACAUGAAAUGAGAGAAAUUACAUCAACAACACGACAACAACACAUUUAAUGAUGGAAGAAAACAUUUUUGUUUUUGCAUAUACAAAAUUCUGGACAUUUCGGACACAGCCAUUUACUUAACACAUGUUUUCUCAGAUGAGUGAGAAGGAAGGUAUGGUGAUAGACUAUUAAGAUCUAUUUUAUUUAUUUUCAGAUCAUGGAUAUAAUCAAUGAAAACGAGGCCCAGUUCCUGUCCUCUCUGAAGCAGGGGCGCAGAGUGAUUGACAGGACACUCCAGAGAUUGGAGAAAAAUGACACUCUAUUCCCAGGUCAGCUUCAGUAUUAGGAUACUAGGAUACAUUACUAGGAUAGGGUAGGGUUUGUAAUAGGGUAUUUGUGUUCUACAUUUUUUGGGCAAUUUAUUUCUGUAGUCAAUCCUUUGUGUGUGUGCUUAUCUCCUAGCGCCUGUGGCCUGGUCUCUGCAUCGUAACCUGGGCUUUCCUCUGGAUCUCAUUGGACUAAUGCUGGAGGAGAAGGGCUUGAGUGUUGACCAACAGGCCCUUUAUGAGUUGGCCAUUGAAAAUGAAAAGGUAACUACAGUCAGUGCUUUUCUUUUCCUCUCCUUUUCUCUACCUGAAGCAAAUAUUGGUAGUCUAAUUUAGCUUUAUGAAGCUGCAUAGCCAAUUACUAUAAAGUAACUGUCCAGUGUUUCCAGAUUAUAUGAAAUAUCACCUAUAAUUAAUUACAAUGAGUGAAAUAGUUUUCCUUCCAAAAAAUUGUAAUUAGGUAUUUCUGUGUUUGAAUGGUGUGGGCGUAUACCAGUCAUUACAAAUAUUAACGUGAGUACACCGCUGAUUGGCCAGCUCAGCCAAUGAGCCAACAUGUUCUAUGAGGAUAUAGCAAGCAUUUUUGAAACAGUCUGUUUGAGAUUCAACUUUGAGGUGGAGAUUUUUGUGUUUUUUCUCCAAUUUAUGCUUUGGCCACAAAUACGAGUAUAGGACGAGUCAAAAACAAUAUUUGGGUAUGAGUUAAAUGUGAGAUUUUCACUGGACAUCUACUUUAAACAUUACACUUUUAUGGUUUUACCACAUAUUAGUUUGUUCCUUUACUCAACACUGCAUUAUUUCAUGAGUACUACAUUUACAUUAAAAGGAUAAAUUAAUGCUUAAGAAUAAAUUAUUUAUGGUUUUAAUCUAUUGAAACUAUGUGAGGCCAUCCAGCUUUUUCAGCAUUCUUUGCAGAUAACUGUUUUUACUGACAAUUAUGCACCCCAUUCCAUGGCAGUCUCUCCUCUCCCCACCUUAAGUGUCAGGUUCAGACCUCAAUUGGGGAUACGCUGGUCCAUCUGGAUCUGCACAGCCUAGCCCAGCUGCAGAGUGGAGAAGUCCCCCACACAGACGACUCUCCCAAGUACCACUACAGCUUGGCACAGGAUGGCAAAUAUGGUAUGAAUGAGUUCUCGAGAUAGAGACAACAUGCUCACUCACAAUUACAGUAAUAUGUCUUAAAUGGUUGGGUGCUGGAUCCUCGCUAGGAAAAUCCUUAGAGAAUGAAUUAGACAGCACUCCAAAGGAUAAUCUUCAAUACUGCUCCAAAGGAUAGUAUUCAAUCAAUAUUAUUAUAUUCAGGUCAAUUAUCCUUUGUAUUGCUGUCCACUUUAUUAUAAUAAUAAUAAUAAUAAAUAAUAAUAUGCCAUUUAGCAGAUGCUUUUAUCCAAAGCGACUUACAGUCAUGCGUGCAUACAUUUUUGUGUAUGGGUGGUCCCGGGGAUCGAACCCACUACCCUGGCGUUACAAGCGCCGUGCUCUACCAGCUGAGCUACAUUCUCUCUGAAAGGAGCCCUGUGUUUUUUUAUCCAGUGUUCCAGCCCUGCCAUGCUACCGUGCAGGCCCUGUACUGUGGACAGUCUCUUGUCUCGAAGGUGGCCGGGGGCCAGAGGUGUGGUGUGGUGCUGGACCGGACCUGUUUCUAUGCAGAGCAAGGCGGGCAGUCCCACGAUCAGGGCUACUUCAUCAGAGAUGGACUGCCGGUCAGUGUUAGCUACACCUUGUUUAAGACACCAUGUUUAAGUUAUGUUUAAGUGCACUGUGUCACAACGUGUGUCUUGUGAGCUGCUUGUUAGGGAUGGGCCUGAAAAUGCGUGGUCCAUACAUUGCAUGUUCAACUUUCCUGCAUAUGAAUGUCCUAUCCCUCAGCUAAAUAUUUACUAAGCUAUUGAAACUAAAUUAAUUGAAUCAUUCCUUUCAUGGUAUAUUUACUAGCCUAGUUAGCUGAAUUGGCUGGAGUUGAUCCCUAGGGUUUUGGGAUGUUGUGUGUGUUCCCUCAGGAUGUCCUGUACCCUGUUGAGGCUGUGCAGGUUGCUGGGGGAUAUGUGGUUCAUCAGGUCACUGCUGCUGAAGUGCUGAGAAAAGGAGACCAGGUCCAGCUCUACGUAGAUGAGGUAUAACAUUUUCUACAGGUCACCUCUUAGCUUACACAAUGGACCUUAUUUACACAGCAGACAUGAUCAUUUGAAAUCCAGCCUAGUUGGGUAGAAGGAAGCAAAAGUGCUCUAUUGAAGUCUAUGGAAAAUAGUGCUGAAACUAUCCUCACGUUCAACCUUUAAAUGAACAAAUAAGUCAUAAAUCAUCAGAGUAUCUAUAGUCACACUGUAUUUGACUGCCAAACCUGUUUAAACAUAUGUUGGUUACCAUAGACCAGGGGUGUCAAACUCAUUCCAUGGAGGGCCUAGAGUCUGCAGGUUUUUUGGAUUUUCCUUUCAAUUAAGCCCUUGACAACCAUGUGUGGGGAGUUCCUUACUAAUUACAUUCACAUUUUAGUCAUUUAGCAGACGCUCUUAUCCAGAGCGACUUACAGUUAGUGAGUCCAUACAUAUUUUUUUCAAUUAAGUGGGCCUUAAUUCAUCAACCAAGUACAAGGGAGGAGCAAAAACCCGCAGACACUCGGCCCUUCGUGGAAUGAGUUUGACACAUUCCAUAGACAAAUGCAGGUUAGCUUAUAAAAAAUAAUUAUCCAUAAGGCUUCUGCAACAAAUGAACUACGGGUGUGUGUUAUUUGUGAUAUAUGUGUGUUUGUGCGCUUUAAAUCUAUCCGACUGGGCAAAAACUGGUUGAAUCAACGUUGUUUCCACAUAAUUUCAACCAAAAAAGUUAACGUGAGGAUGUUGAAUCAAUGUGAAAAACUGAUUGGAUUUGCAAAAAGUCAUCAACGUAAGGGAAUUUUGUAUUUUUUUCACAAAACUUUUCACCUAAAUCCAAUGACAGGGUGACAUUUUUGGUUGAUUUCAUGUUGUAUUCACAUGAAUGUAAAUCAAAACUAGAUAUUGAACUGACGUCUGUGCCCAGUGGGAUGUUUGUGACGUAUACUUUGUCAUAAAUAUGAUUAUGUUAAUAGCAUAUUACAUGUCAUAAUUGAAUUUGCUAAUAAGAAAAUAACAUGUUUAUUCACAUCCAGCCACAGAGACUAGCCUGCAUGGUCAAGCACACAGCCACACACGUCCUCAACUUCGUCCUCCGUCAGCUGCUGGGUCCUUCUGUGGAGCAGAGAGGCAGUCAUGUCGCUGCAGACCGCCUACGCUUUGACUUCAGCGUCAAGGUAUACAAUACGACCCGUUUUUAGCCCCUCUUGAAUUUGAUAAUUUGUCGUUGUCCUCUUGGACUUUACAUUUUUAAAAUACUCAUAGCAGCCUUGGGUGAUUCAGCUUAUAGUAUGACAAGUAUCUUAUAUUAUCUAUCCACACAUUUAAAACCAAAUUCAGCACAGAAUUUCGAAAACACAUUUUAUUUAACAACAUAAGGAUUGCAUCAAUCAUCAGCUCUCUGUUUAAUCUUGAACCCUUGUGGGGCUUUCACAUAUCUCUGUAUGAUCCGGAUCCUGGAGCGUUUGGUACCCUGAUCCGCACUAUAAAGCGUAUGUGAAACGUAAAUGAAUCCUGGCCGAAACGAAUCCUGGACCCUGCCCAGGCUGUGGGUCCAAGAUCCAGUACCAGGUAUUGUGACGCAGCAACACUUUAUGCUGAUGUUCACGUGCAGAAACGUUCAAAUACAAAGUUGGUCAUUCAACUUUUGUUAGCCAGCAAAGGUUAGCUAGAAUACUAUUAACUAGCUUAAUUAGGUAAAUCAGCUCAAAUAAAAUACAAUUACAUAAAAUAAGAGGAAGGGGUGACAUGGACUGUCUGUGAAACCAAGACCUUACUGGAGAUCUGGGGAGAUGAGGAUCAAGGCGGAAUUGUCAAACACCCACAAAAACACAGUGUUGUGUGGGAAAAUGUGUCCUGUACUGCUCUGCAUUCCUGUACUGCUCUGUAAUUUGUGAACGUAUGGGGGCAAAAGGCUACACAAGGAAUGCAGAGCAGUACAGGACACAUUUUCCCACACAACACUGUGUUUUUGUGGGUGUUUGACAAUUCCGCCUCGAUCCUCAGGAUAGGAGGACCAAGAGGAAAAGGAAGGCACCUGACACACACAGCACCAUGGCACCAAUUGCAGACACACAGAAGAAACAAUUUGAGGAGUUCAUGAAGUUGGAGACUGACCGCCUCUUGAGCGAGGAGAAGCAGGCAGAUCAACUGGUGGCAUGUACAGCAAAUGAGGAAAAUAACAGUGAAAGGCAGCUUCAGCAAAUGGAUGAACUCCUCAGUGAGAAUAAGAGCAUUCUUACAUUGUUUCAGCAGCUGGCAAACACAUUUGAACAUGUGGCAAGGGCCCUUGUUCCACCUCACCAAAGCUGUCCCCCAACAACACAAAGCAGGCCCAACAACACAGCGUGGUAUCCCCCCACAAGACCAUUUGGAGCUUCAGUGUACUCACCUAUACACCAUUUAGAAGGCUCCAUCAACAUCCACCACGACCACAUGUCGUCGUCUGUAGCCAUCCAUUGCAGAACUUUUGUAUUGUCUGAUUUGAUAAAAUACAUAUAAUUCUAAUUAGUUCAGUUUGGUUUUUAGAUAAUAAAUCAGAUUUAACAAACAUCAAUUGAUGCAAAUAUUUAUUAUGUAAGGGAUAAACGCCGUCGUUCUCUACAUUACCUUGGAAAUAAUGGACGACGCAGCAGGACGAGGCGGAGCCGUUCAUUCCUUAUGUUCCGUUGCCAUGUUCAGUGGCAACGUUCUUAUCCCUUGCCUACUGCUAGCUAGCCAACUAGCUAUGGCUACACAGUCACUACCUCUGCAGCCAGAAUAACAGCAAUGUUUAUUCCGUUGCAUUUGUUUAAGCUGUUUAUUACAUUUACAUUUUAGUCAUUUAGCAGACGCUCUUAUCCACAGCGACUUACAGUUAGUGAGUGCAUUCAUUUUUCAUACUGGCCCCCCCGUGGGAAACGAACCCACAACCCUGGCGUUGCAAGCGCCAUGCUCUAUCAACUGAGCUACAGGGGACUGUAUUCAUAAACCAUGUGCCAUGGAAUCGGUACAUAUCCCGCUUAUACCACAGUUGCCAAAGAAAACAAUACUAAGCACACCGGUAGAAAUAAAAAACAAAUAAUUAAUAAUUUCAUUUAUAUAAGCAAAUUCAUACUUUCUCAUCUUUUGGUUGCUAUCGACGCGACCCAGUCGUUUGUUUGAUAUUUAUGGACGUGACCCAGUCGUUUGUUCUUUAUGUUCCGUUGCCAUGCUCACUGGCAACGUUGUUAUCCCUUGCUUGCUAGCUAGCCAGCUAGCUACGGCUAACACAGUCAUGACCUCUGCAGCCAGAAUAACAGCAAAGUAGCUGUUUUCUAUUGACAUUCAUUUCGAUACAUCCAUAACAAUAUGCUGAUAAUACCCCAUUUUGGCCUUGCAUAGCUAGAAAAGUUUGCCUUCUCGUCAGGACACUCAUCAACACUGACUGUUAAUUACGAGGAGUUCACAUUUAAGUGAUAAUGCCCUCGAAGCCGGUGUUUGGAGGAUAUAUUGGCACAGGUGUUGUUAGGCCCGAGACGAAGUCGAAGGCCGGCAAACCGUGCCAAUAUAUCCUCCAAAACACCGGCUUCGAGGGCAUUAUCACUUUUAUACAACAGGUUACCAACAUAUUCAAAUAAUAAAAAACGUUAUUUUGAUUUAUUCUUACUAUUUUAUCCUUCCAUGAGAUAUAGUCCCGACACAAAUCUUGGGUUGCUACCCAAGCCGGCUGGUCGUUCUUCGUUCUAUCGAUUCGGUUGCCAGAGACACGACCCAGUCAUUAAGUAUUUUUGUUCUAAAUCUAUGGACUUGACCAGUCGUUCGUUCUAAAUGUUCCAUUGCCAUGAUGGCUGGCAACAUUCUUAUCCCUUGCUCGCUAGCUAGCCAACUUUGGCUAACAAUGCUACCAGAAUUAUAGCAAAAUUGCUGCAUUUGCAUAUGUUUAAGCUGUUUUCUAGUGAUUUUUUUGGGGGAAUACAUCCAUAACAAUGAGCUAAUGAUGUGCGAUUUCGCCUGGCAUAGAACAUUUGCCCUCUUGCCAGGCCACAGUUCAGAAGAGAUGGUCAACUACAUAGCUAACACAAUCACUUCAAACUGAAGCUGGAAUGACAGCAAACUAGCUGCAUUUUGUGUUUUGUAUUGACACUUCUUUGUAUAUAUCCAUAAAGACUAUGCUGAUUCAUGAUUUUGACUGGCUGAGAAAAGCUGCCUGUCUGUCUCGUCCUGACUCCCGACACGUUCAUUAGCAUAGGACAGCUGGAGAUCGAAUUUCAAUAUCGAAACAAUGUUGCAAAUGUCGGAGAGACAGAUUAUUACAAAUCUCCGCUGUUGAAAACCAAAUACUAUUCUAAAAGAAAUGGGAGAUAAUGUCUAGAUGCUUUUUAUACUGUAGAUCUAGAAUAUACAGUACAUUGCCUGGCUGAGCUAAUGAGACAGUGGUUUGCGCAGUCAGAUGGAACAGAGUAAAUAGGCAUUUCAACGUCAUAGAUUUAGCCUGUGGUAACUUGUGGAAUAUACACCGUCUGGAAUGCGGUUUUAACCAAUCAGCAUUGAGAAUUAGACCCACCCGUUGUAAAAUGACAAUGUAAUAGCCAACGAUUGUCAUCUUGAAUAGAUAAGGCCCCUGUGGCCUACUUUAUGAACAUGGAUUACUUAAAUGUUGUUUUUAUAAAACACAAAAAAACAAGACCAAGCCAAUGAAGUAUUUUUUUUCAUUUAAUUAAAUUGAUUGUUUGCACAUUCUGUGUUUUGAUUUUAAAAAAUACUGGUUCAUCGUAAUAUACAAUUAUUAAUUAUAUUUGACAGUUUUGCUUGUCAUAAUAAUAAUAAUAAUAAUAAUAAUAAUAAUAAUAAUAUGCCAUUUAGCAGACGCUUUUAUCCAAAGCGACUUACAGUCAUGCGUGCAUACAUUUUUUUUGUGUGUAUGGGUGGUCCCGGGGAUCGAACCCACUACCUUGGCGUUACAAGCGCCGUGCUCUACCAGCUGAGCUACAGCUGAGCCCCUAUUAUACUCUAUAGGGGCAACAAGUUGCGCGGAAAUAGCCAGGCAUCUUUUUACUCACCUUUUUGCAUGUUUUUGGAUGAGUAUGCUGAGAAACAUAUUCAACCUCUAACUCUUGAUUCAUCCUUAGAAACCGUUGGCCUCGGUGUUGUUGUGUGAGCCUCCUGUGUCGGUUUAGGCAGAUAGUUUGCCGUUGUCCUGCUGCUCUUACAUCGUUCAGUAUAUGCAUCAUGGUCCCGACAUUUCGGCUAUACUGUUGAUUCAAGGAAAUCAUAAGAGAAAGUAAAAAAUAAUUGUAAAUUGGUCUCCAUGUUUAAGCUAGCAGGGUUUUAAUGCAGACAGUCCCAGAAUUCCCAAAACCAUUCUGAUACAUUUACAUUUUACAUUUAUGUCAUUUAGCAGACGCUCUUAUCCAGAGCGACUUACAAAUUGGUGCAUUCACCUUAUAGCCAGUGGGAUAACCACUUUACAAUAUGUUUCUUUUUCUUUUUUUUCUUUCUUUGGGGUGGGGUAAGGGGGGGUAGAAGGAUUACUUUAUCCUAUCCCAGGUAUUCCUUAAAGAGGUGGGGUUUCAAGUGUCUCUGGAAGGUGGUGAGUGACUCCGCUGUCCUGGUGUCGUGAGGGAGCUUGUUCCACCAUUGGGGUGCCAGAGCAGCGAACAGUUUUGACUGGGCUGAGCGGGAACUGUGCUUCCGCAGAGGUAGGGGGGCCAGCAGGCCAGAGGUGGAUGAACGCAAUGCCCUCGUUUGGGUGUAGGGACUGAUCAGAGCCUGAAGGUAUGGAGGUGCUGUUCCCCUCACAGCUCCGUAGGCAAGCACCAUGGUCUUGUAGCAGAUGCGAGCUUCAACUGGAAGCCAGUGGAGUGUGCGGAGGAGCGGGGUGACGUGAGAGAACUUGGGAAGGUUGAACAUCAGACGGGUUGCGGCAUUCUAGAUGAGUUGUAGGGGUUUCAUGGCACAGGCAAGGAGCCCAGCCAACAGUGAGUUGCAGUAAUCCAGACGGGAGAUGACAAGUGCCUGGAUUAGGACCUGUGCCGCUUCUUGUGUAAGGCAGGGUCGUACUCUCCGAAUGUUGUAGAGCAUGAACCUACAGGAUCGGGUCACCGCCUUGAUGUUAGCGGAGAACGACAGGGUGUUGUCCAGGGUCACGCCAAGGCUCUUCGCACUCUGGGAGGAGGACACAACGGAGUUGUCAACCGUGAUGGCGAGAUCAUGGAACGGGCAGUCCUUCCCCGGGAAGAAGAGCAGCUCCGUCUUGCCGAGGUUCAGCUUGAGGUGGUGAUCCGUCAUCCACACUGAUAUGUCUGCCAGACAUGCAGAGAUGCGAUUCGCCACCUGGUUAUCAGAAGGGGGAAAGGAGAAGAUUAGUUGUGUGUCGUCUGCGUAGCAAUGAUAGGAGAGGCCAUGUGAGGAUAUGACAGAGCCAAGUGACUUGGUGUAUAGCGAGAAUAGGAGAGGGCCUAGAACUGAGCCCUGGGGGACACCAGUGGUGAGAGCACGUGGUGCGGAGACAGAUUCUCGCCACGCCACUUGGUAGGAGCGACCAGUCAGGUAGGACGCAAUCCAAGAGUGAGCCACGCCGGAGAUGCCCAACUCGGAGAGGGUGGAGAGGAGGAUCUGAUGGUUCACAGUAUCAAAGGCAGCAGACAGGUCUAGAAGGACAAGAGCAGAGGAGAGAGAGUUAGCUUUAGCAGUGCGGAGAGCCUACGUGACACAGAGAAGAGCAGUCUCAGUUGAAUGACCAAUCUUGAAACCUGACUGGUUUGGAUCAAGAAGGUCAUUCUGAGAGAGAUAGCAAGAGAGUUGGCUAAAGACUGCACGCUCAAGAGUUUUGGAGAGAAAAGAAAGAAGGGAUACUGGUCUGUAGUUGUUGACAUCAGAGGGAUCGAGUGUUGGUUUGAAGACGGAAGGGACAUAGCCAGCGGUCAAGGAUGAGCGAGGUGAGGUAAGGGAGAAGGUCCCGGAGAUGGUCUGGAGAAGAGAGGAGGGGAUAGGGUCAAGCGGGCAGGUUGUUGGUCGGCCGUCACAAGUCGGCUGCCCAACAGACAAUGAGACAAUGAGGUUAGAAAAACAGCUGAACGGUAGGCAUUAUUGUAUGUAAUUAUUGUAGGCAGCUAGCUGGCGUAAUUACAGGUACUCUCAGGCGUGAAACAACUAUCCACAGUUGCUAAUAGUUACCAGUAGCUGCCCGCUAGCUAGUCCAGGUAGUGGGUUAGCUAGCUUCGUACUUCACCGGGCUCAGCCGAAUACAAUACUUACCUACAAUAAUAACAUACAACAACCCACGAUAACUACCUACAAUACCUAACUACCAUCUAAAUACAUAGUUUAAGCUUUACUUGACAAAGCCUAAACUAUGUAUAUAAGCUUACCUCCUGCCAGAGAGAGACACAACCUCACCCGACGACGACCAAUACCGACUGUAUUUGCAAAGUGUUGUUCAUGCACUUAGCAACAUACAUUGUAAGUGUCAACCCAAUGGUUGCAAUUUGAUACGUUUAAAAAAUACAUUGUGAAACCCAAACGUAUUCUGUGGAAUUGUCGCGAACGCUCCAGAGAACCGCACCAGGGUACCGAAAUUUCAUGUGACAACACCCUUAGAGUAAUCACAUCCCUGUUAUGAAUGUUUGGAAGUUAUAUGCAUUGCCAAAAUCCAGUAAAGUCCAGUAGAUAAGCAAAAAAAAACCUCACUGAUAUAUAGAAGCAUGAAAACACUUGGGAUGUAAUAAUAAUAAUUGCUUUCUGGUGGUCAUUCUGUAGGGAUCAUUGAGUAUUCCCCAGCUCCAGGAGAUUGAGAGGAGCAUCCACAACAUUAUCACAGAGAAUAAUGCGGUGUACAUAGAGGAGGUUCCCCUGGCCCGGGCUAAAGACAUCCCAGGACUAAGGACUGUGGAUGAGGUAACUGUGUAUUGAUUUGGGGACACUCCUACGCAGAUUAAAAGGAAUAAUGAUGUUCGUAACUGUAAAGUGUUGUUCAUGCACUUAGCAACAUACAUUGUAAGUGUCAACCCAAUGGUUGCAAUUUGUAAGUGCAAGAUAUACUGCAUAAUAGUGUGUUGGCUUUGGAGGAUUCAUGAAUGCUCUGUAAUUCUUCCUAGUUGUACCCUGAUACAGUGAGAGUGGUGUCCGUGGCAGUUCCCGUGGCAGACCUGUUCAAUUCUCAGACGGAUAGACGGACGUCAGUGGAGCUCUGCUGUGGAACGUAAGUGUUGUCUGUCUGUCUCUGUCUGUCUCACUCAAUCACUCUUUCUCCCUCUCUCCGAUAGAUUCAAAAGGCAUUUUUAAAUGUAUUACUUAAUAUUACUUGUUAUUUACCAUUAUGAAAUGACAAUAUGUCUCACCUUUCGGCAUGUGAGGAUGUGGCAAAUUGCACAAUAUACUGUAAAAGAGCCAAAAUAUGAAAAUGAGAAGAGACAGUCGAAUUUAUAAGCUUUAUCGUGGGUUAAGGUUAGAAACAGAUAACAUAUUUGGAGGAGUAGAUUUGACAAUUCCUAUAGUAGUGAACAAUACUAAAUAUUAUAUGUUCAUUGGCUGUUCCAAAAGGGCCAAGCGUUUUUCUAUUUUUCAGGCAUUUACUGAGGACCGGGGAGAUCGGGGAUUUGGUUAUAAUUUCCGAGAGGCAGAUGGUUAAAGGGAUCAGCCGUAUCGUGGCAGUCACUGGAGACGAUGCCAGAGAGGUGUGUUCUAUAAAAGCAAGAAGGCAUAUGACUAAAUGGGCCGUGACUUAUUGUGAAUAUACCAGAGGUGCAUAGUAGCGGACUAUAUACAAUCACAUCACUCAUAUAUUCUCAUGUUUUACAACACCAGUUAGUCUCUCGCGCAAGGCUUUUAUGUUGCUGUUUCAGUAUUAAUUAUGUAAAUUUUCCAAUUUUAUAUUUAGGAAGUCAUAUAUCACUGAUCUUUUUAAAAACAUUCCAUGAUCAAAUAAUAUCAAAUUAUUCCUGAAGUGUGCACUCGUUCACAACUUCCCACAAAUCUAAAAGCAUUGGAUUGUUGGAGGCACGGGCAGGUGGGAAUUUCCACCAUAUUUCUUAAACCAGUCGUUUCCUUUCAAAUCAGUGAAGGGAAGUGAACAAGUGCACACUUUGGGAGGAAGGAGAGAUAAUUGGGACAUAGCCCAAGUUGAACGUUUUGGCAAAUCACAAGGCUAGCAAGUAGCUUUCAACGAGAUCCAUUCUGAUAUUUGUUGUUGUUUUGUUGGCUCACAGGCUCGAGAGGCGGGACAGAUCCUGACCCAGGAAGUGGAGUCUCUGUCGGCACGUCUUGCAGUGGUCGCCAGCCCCUCCCUCGCAGAUGCCCACCGGCUGGCCAAAGAAGUGGGCAUACUGACAGAUGUAUGUAUGCUUUUCCGCUCCCGACCCACUGACCUAACUGAUAGUAUUCAGACAGACAAGAUUGAAAAUGCUCCAAAAGGCAAUUUCAGACAGUAUUCAAUUAUGGCCUAAGUGUUUGAAUAGCCGAGAGCAUGGGACCUGCAUUUUUGUCAAAAUUGAGUUAUUGACAUAGCCCUGUUCUGUUCAAUGUUCUCUACCUAUAAAGUACUCUAAAUACCCCAAUUCAUGUUGUUAAAUUCAAAAGAUUACAAGAUAAAUUGCUUAUAUCAUUCAAACUUUAAAGCCAAUUUUCUCAGAAUCAUCUUUUUGCAGAUAUAACCUUAUAGUCCCAAGCGAUCACAUUACUUUAAAUAGUUAGAAUUAAAUACAAAUAUGACACAAAUGCUUAGGCCUUAUAUGUGUUUUGUCCCAGGCAGUGGAUUGCACUCCCAUACCACAGUGGAAGCGGAGAGAGCUUCAAACUCGCCUCAAAGGUCUACAGAGGACAACCAACACAAGCAUAAGGAAACUGGAGACCAAAGAGGUAACUCAAGCACACAACCCCAUUGUCCUUUCAAACGUGUAUUAUUUCCCCCACAAUAGCUACUUGACUUUAAUGUGACAGGUAAAAAGAUUAGUUGAUCCUAUUUUCUAACUUUUUGUAUGUGAGAAGACACAUGAGUCACAACAGCAUUAUAAAACAAUCACCAUUUUUAAUGCAUGAUAAAUAAUGGUAAUGUACAUUAUACUAUUGUACUUUUAACUACUUUCUCUUUCUUACUUUUGUCCAAUUUGCAGGCUGCUGUGAAAGCCCAAUCACUAUUCAAAAAGAAUGGCAACAAGACUAUUGUAGUGGACGCUGUGGACACAGACUCUAUAUCAGUAUGUUUUUCAUCUGAAUUUCUGAUGAGGCUCAGUAUGUGUUCAGCAUCCACAAUUAGAUAACUUUGCCCCAUAUUAAACUAAUGCAUCAGUAUUCACAGAGAGUGAGUUACUAUAUUUUAUCAAUCACUUUUAGUGCCACCAUCGUUUUUGGGAAACAGCUUAGAUUCUAAUGAUGCACUUAAAGUGGGAUUUAAUGAUGAACUUACCGUUACUAAGGCUCUGAGAAACUGAGCCUCGACUGUAGCAUUUAGUUGAUCCCGUUGCUCUCAUUGUAGGUGCUGAUGAAGACAGUGAACCAAUACAGUGACAUAGCCCCAGGGACCCUGGUCAUGCUACUCUCCCACCAGCAGCCAUCGGGGAAGGUCCUGUGCGCGUGCCAAGUGCCCAAGGUAUAGGGUCUAGCUCAUACAUCACUGUAUUUACUGAUACUGUAUUUUCUCUCAAUAGGUCAAGUGAAAGUAAUUUAAUAGCAACAAUUGUAACAACUAAAGCUGCAUACAGUCUGAAGACACCUGUCUCUUAUCACGCUCAAUCUCUUUGUCUGUUUUUGUCUAUGUGCCGGCCCAAACAGUCUUUCUCUUUUUGUCUGUAUCUUUUCUCUUCUCUCUUACACUCAACACCUAUGUAUUUGGACAUUGACGCUAACAUUUAAAUGUGUCUUUAUACUCCAGCAUUUUGGAUUUGAGAUCAUAUAUUACAGUAUAGAAUGUCACCUUUUAUUUUAGGGUAUUUUCAUACAUAUAUAUGUUUUACUGUUUAGAAAAAGACAAAGUGCUUUCAUUUCUUAAUGGUAAAAAAGAUAGGGGAGAGUGGGGUAAGUUGUGCCGAAGGGUUUGUUGAGCCACCCCUUGUUUCUAGGAAACCAUACACAAAAUUAAUCAUGUGACCAAAUAUUUAGGAAGAGGUAAUUAUUUCAUGGAGUCUGUGAAGGAAGAAACCUCAUGGAAAAAGUGGUAAGCAAGUUAGGUCCAAAAAACAGAUUUUCACAAAGUCAAAUUAAUUUAUGUUAUAGGUUUCAUGAUGCUUGUAUCUAAACCAAAGUAGAUUGUUUUAAGACUGUUUUAUACAUCAGUUGGGGUCUCUAUAAGCUACAAUAUGAGGUCCUAAACCUAGCAUGAAAGUGCAUCCUUGUAGCUGUAUGGGCUAAUAUAGUCAAAAUGAUUGCUUUGUGGUAAAUUGAUCCAAUGGCUAAUCAAUAUACCUCAAAUGAAUUACAUUUCAAUCAAUCAAUUUUUAUUUUAUAUAGCCCUUCUUACAUCAGCUAAUAUCUCGAAGUGCUGUACAGAAACCCAGCCUAAAACCCCAAACAGCUAGUAAUGCAGGUGUAGAAGCACGGUGGCUAGGAAAAACUCCCUAGAAAGGCCAAAACCUAGGAAGAAACCUAGAGAGGAACCAGGCUAUGAGGGGUGGCCAGUCCUCUUCUGGCUGUGCCGGGUGGAGAUUAUAACAGAACCAUGCCAAGAUGUUCAAAAAUGUUCAUAAGUGACAAGCAUGGUCAAAUAAUAAUCAGGAAUAAAUCUCAGUUGGCUUUUCAUAGCCGAUCAUUAAGAGUUGAAAACAGCAGGUCUGGGACAGGUAGGGGUUCCAUAACCGCAGGCAGAACAGUUGAAACUGGAAUAGCAGCAAGGCCAGGCGGACUGGGGACAGCAAGGAGUCACCACGGCCGGUAGUCCCGACGUAUGGUCCUAGGGCUCAGGUCUCUCAGUUGGCUUUUCAUAGCCGAUCAUUAAGAGUUGAAAACAGCAGGUCUGGGACAGGUAGGGGUUUCGUAACCGCAGGCAGAACAGUUGAAACUGGAAUAGCAGCAAGGCCAGGCGGACUGGGAACAGCAAGGUGUCAUCAUGCCCGGUAGUCCUGACGUAUGGUCCUAGGGCUCAGGUUCUCAGAGAGAAAGAGAGAACGAGAGAACACAUUUUGGCACAGUAUUUUGAAGACACCUCAUGUUCGUGUGAUUAGUCAAGUUCAAAUGAUGAAAGAUGCCUUCCUCAGUUGAAUUCGCCCUCCUCUAGGCCACAAUUGAAGUAUUUUCUUCCCAGGUGUAAUGCAAGGCAUUAUUGCUGGGAUAUGAGGUUACACCAGGACCUGAGUCAAUGUUAUAAGUGUUUGAAAAAAGUGCAAAGUGUUAGAAAUGUGUCCCUAUGCUAACCCUGUCCCUAUGCUCAAUUUACCCCAUACCCGGGGUAAGUUGUGCCAAGAGACGACUUCUUUUGGACAACUAUGGUUUUCAAAACUGUUAUGUUUACAUUAAUUCUGAUUAUUUUCGGGGAUAAACAACAUCCUGAAAUAUACAGUGGGGGAAAAAAAGUAUUUAGUCAGCCACCAAUUGUGCAAGUUCUCCCACUUAAAAAGAUGAGAGAGGCCUGUAAUUUUCAUCAUAGGUACACGUCAACUAUGACAGACAAAAUGAGAAAAAAAUUCCAGAAAAUCACAUUGUAGGAUUUUUUAUGAAUUAAUUUGCAAGUUAUGGUGGAAAAUAAGUAUUUGGUCAAUAACAAAAGUUUCUCAAUACUUUGUUAAAUACCCUUUGUUGGCAAUGACACAGGUCAAACGUUUUCUGUAAGUCUUCACAAGGUUUUCACACACUGUUGCUGGUAUUUUGGCCCAUUCCUCCAUGCAGAUCUCCUCUAGAGCAGUGAAGUUUUGGGGCUGUCGCUGGGCAACAGACUUUCAACCCCCAUUUUCUAUGGGGUUGAGAUCUGGAGACUGGCUAGGCCACUCCAGGACCUUGAAAUGCUUGUUACGAAGCCACUCCUUCGUUGCCCGGGCGGUGUGUUUGGGAUCAUUGUCAUGCUGAAAGACCCAGCCACGUUUCAUCUUCAAUGCCCUUGCUGAUGGAAGGAGGUUUUCACUCAAAAUCUCACGAUACAUGGCCCCAUUCAUUCUUUCCUUUACACGGAUCAGUCGUCCUGGUCCCUUUGCAGAAAAACAGCCCCCAAAGCAUGAUGUUUCCUCCCCCAUGCUUCACAGUAGGUAUGGUGUUCUUUGGAUGCAACUCAGCAUUCUUUGUCCUCCAAACACGACGAGUUGAGUUUUUACCAAAAAGUUAUAUUUUGGUUUCAUCUGACCAUAUGACAUUCUCCCAAUCCUCUUCUGAAUCAUCCAAAUGCACUCUAGCAAACUUCAGAUGGGCCUGGACAUGUACUGGCUUAAGCAGGGGGACACGUCUGGCACUGCAGGAUUUGAGUCCCUGGCGGCGUAGUGUGUUACUGAUGGUAGGCUUUGUUACUUUGGUCCCAGCUCUCUGCAGGUCAUUCACUAGGUCCCCCCGUGUGGUUCUGGGAUUUUUGCUCACCGUUCUUGUGAUCAUUUUGACCCCACGGGGUGAGAUCUUGCGUGGAGCCCCAGAUCGAGGGAGAUUAUCAGUGGUCUUGUAUGUCUUCCAUUUCCAAAUAAUUGCUCCCACAGUUGAUUUCUUCAAACAAGGCUGCUUACUUAUUGCAGAUUCAGUCUUCCCAGCUUGGUGCAGGUCUACAAUUUUGUUUCUGGUGUCCUUUGACAGCUCUUUGGUCUUGGCCAUAGUGGAGUUUGGAGUGUGACUGUUUGAGGUUGUGGACAGGUGUCUUUUAUACUGAUAACAAGUUCAAACAGGUGCCAUUAAUACAGGUAACGAGUGGAGGACAGAGGAGCCUCUUAAAGAAGAAGUUACAGGUCUGUGAGCCAGAAAUCUUGCUUGUUUGUAGGUGACCAAAUACUUAUUUUCCACCAUAAUUUGCAAAUAAAUUCAUUAAAAAUCCUACAAUGUGAUUUUCUGGAGAAAAAAAAUCUCAAUUUGUCUGUCAUAGUUGACGUGUACCUAUGAUGGAAAUUACAGGCCUCUCAUCUUUUUAAGUGGGAGAACUUGCACAAUUGGUGGCUGACUAAAUACUUUUUUCCCCCACUGUAUGUAGAUAUCUUUGUUAGAAAGAAUAGUAUUUUCCUUUGAUAUAGUGAUCCUGAAUGUAAAUAAUGGCUCAACAUACCCCACUCUCACCUAUGUACAGUGAAUUCGGAAAGUAUUCAGACCUGUUGACUUUUUCCACAUUUUGUUACGCUACAGCCUUAUUCUAAAAUGGAUUAAACUAUUUAUUUCCCUCAUCAAUCUACACACAAUACCCCAUAAAGACAAAGCGAAAACAGUUUUUUUUAGAAAUGUUAGCAAGUUUAUGACAAAAAAACAAAUAAGAAAAACACUUAUUUACAUAAGUAUUCAGACCCUUUGCUAUGAGACUUGAAAUUGAGCUCGGGCAUCCUGUUUCCAUUCAUCAUCCUUGAGAUGUUUCUACAACUAGAUUGGAGUUCACCUGUGGUAAAUUCAAUUGAUUGGACAUGAUUUGGAAAGCCACACACCUGUCUAUAUAAGGUCCCACAGUUGAAAAUGCAUGUCAGAGCAAAAACCAAGCCAUGAGGUCGAGGGAAUUGUCCGUAGAGCUCCGAGACAGGAUUGUGUCGAGGCACAGAUCUGGGGAAGGGUACCAAAACAUUUCUGCAGCAUUGAAGGUCCCCAAGAACACAGUGGCCUCCAUCAUUCUUAAAUGGAAAAAGUUUAGAACCACCAAGACUCUGCCUAGAGCUGGCCGCCCGGUCAAACUGAGCAAUUCGGGGGAGAAGGGCCUUGGUCAGGGAUGUGACCAAGAACCCGAUGGUCACUCUGACAGAGCUCCAGAGUUCCUCUGUGGAGAUGGGAGAAUCUUCCAGAAGGUCAACCUUCUCUGCAGCACUCCACCAAUCAGGUCUUUAUGGUAGAGUGGCCAGACGGAAGCCACUCCUCAGUAAAAGGCACAUGACAGCCCGGUUGGAGUUUGCCAAAAGGCACCUAAAGGACUCUCAGACAAUGAAAAACAAGAUUAUCUGUUCUGAAACCAAGAUUGAACUCUUUGGCCUAAAUGCCAGGCGUCACGUCUGGAGGAAACCUGGCACUGUCCCUACGGUGAAGCAUGGUGGCGGCAGCAUCAUGCUGUGGGAUGUUUUACAGCGGUAGGGACUGGGAGACUAGUCAGGAUCAAGGGAAAGAUGAACAGAGCAAAGUACAGAGAGAUACUUCAUGAAAACCUGCUCCAGAGCACUCAGGAGCUCAGACUGGGGGCGAAGGUUCACUUCCAACAGGACAACGACCCUAAGCACACUGCCAGAGCCCGGACUUGAACCCUAUCGAACAUCUCUGGAGAAACCUGAAAAUAGCUGUGCAGUAAUGCUCCUCAUCCAACCUGACAGAGCAUGAGAGGAUCUGCAGAGAAGAAUGGGAGAAACUCCCCUAAUACAGGUGUGCCAAGCUUGUAGCGUCAUACCCAAGAAGACUCAAGGCUGUAAUCGCUGCCAAAGGUGCUUCAACAAAGUACUGAAUAAAGGGUCUGAAUACUUAUGCAAAAAUUUCUAAAAACCAGUUUUUGCUUUGUCAUUAUGGGUUAUUGUGUAUAUUGAUGAAGGAAAAAAAACAAUUUAAUCCAUUUUAGAAUAAUGCUGUAACAUAGCAAAAUGUGGAAAAAGUCAGUGUCUGAAUACUUUCCGAAAGCACUGUACGAAAAUACUCUCAAAUAAAAGGUUACUUUUUUUUUUUACUGACGCCUUAUAUGAAACAUUUGAUCUCAAAUCCCAAAAUGCUGCAGUAUAGAGCCAAAUUAAAACAUGUAGCUUCACUGUCCAAAUACAUAUGGUAUUGUGUGUGUGUGUGUAUAUUCACACACUCUUUCCUGCCUGUUCUCUCUCUCUCCAUCACACCAACACUCACUCUACAUCUUUGUCUCUCCAUAGGGCUUUAAUGCGCUUUCUGCAAGUGACUGGGCCCUGACAGUGUGUACCCGCCUGGGAGGGAACGCAGGUGGCUCUGCCACUGUGGCAAAGGGCACAGGGAGUGUGGCCGACCUCACUGAGGCACUCAGGUGUGCUGAAGAGUAUGCACAGGACAAGACCCAAAACAUACGCUGA